AUGGUCGACAUAAACGACAAACAUAAGAAUAUUAGGAACCUAAAUCACGACUCCUUUAAGACAUUCUACUUAACGUACGUCAGACCAAUACUGGAAUGUGCAGCACCGGUGUGGGAUCCACGCCCUGUCAAACAAACUUGGCAUAAUACUGACCAAUCUCCAACAAUCUCCCCCAAGAAUACUGGCCAAUCUCCAACAAUCUCCCCCAAGAAUACGGAACAAUCUCCAACAAUCUCCCCCAAGAAUACUGACCAAUCUCCAACAAUCUCCCCCAAGAAUACUGACCAAUCUCCAACAAUCUCCACCAAGAAUACUGACCAAUCUCCAACAAUCUCCCCCAAGAAUACUGACCAAUCUCCAACAAUCUCCACCAAGAAUACUGACCAAUCUCCAACAAUCUCCACCAACAAUACUGACCAAUCUCCAACAAUCCCCUCCAACAAUACUGACCAAUCUCCAACAAUCUCCCCCAAGAAUACUGACCAAUCUCCAACAAUCUCCCCCAAGAAUACUGACCAAUCUCCAACAAUCUCCACCAACAAUACUGACCAAUCUCCAACAAUCUCCACCAACAAUACUGACCAAUCUCCAACAAUCUCCACCAAGAAUACUGACCAAUCUCCAACAAUCUCCACCAACAAUACUGACCAAUCUCUAACAAUCUCCACCAACAAUACUGACCAAUCUCUAACAAUCUCCCCCAAGAAUACUGACCAAUCUCCAACAAUCUCCACCAAGAAUACUGACCAAUCUCCAACAAUCUCCACCAACAAUACUGACCAAUCUCCAACAAUCUCCACCAACAAUACUGACUAA